AUGCCUUCCUCGAUGGUGGAUCCGGUUUCCUGGGACAUUGCUGCUGACCUUCCGAUGGGACGAUUUCUGACUUUAACAUUUCUGCUGACCUUCCUCGGAACAAAUGUCAUCAGCUGGAACAUUGCGCUGCUGGUAUCCACCGGAGUCACCGUGGUGACGGCUGGUCUCGCGAUCGCCCUGGAAUUCCUGCGCUGGGAGCCCCAGGAAGCUGGCUAUGCCCUGCACGUGGCGUCCUUCCAGCUGUUUCUCUGCAUCUUCCUUGUCUCGGCCUGCAUUCAGAAGCCGAUGCGCUACCUUACCACCUGGUGCGUGCUCCUCCACAUCAUCUACUUUGGAACUUUUGACAUCUCGAACCCCAAGUUGGACAGCUUUGUCUCUUGGAGUCAUCCUGCGAGCUUCGUGGCGGCCUGCUUUGUGUACAUUGGCUUCUUCGUGGUCUCCAACUUUUAUGGCGGUGGGGCCCCGAAAGACAUGAUCCCAGCAAUCGCAGAGUGCCCUGUGCUCCACAGCUUCUGCAUCGGCUGGAAUCAUAUCAGCCCCGUGCUGUGCCACCUCAUCGACGGCUACCUGAACGGAUCCAAUUUCCAUCGUAUCUACGGACAAGGUGGUGUCCUUUGGCUUCUGGUCGUCGGCGUCGGCAUCUUCUACACUGUGGGCCAGGUGUACGAGUGGUUAAUGCCGAACUCGGUGGAGACAUACCUGGCUCCUGAGGUUUGGUAUUUGCGCUCUCGCCGCCUGGCGCAGCAGCCAUCCGUCGGUCGGGUUCAAAAGGAAGGCAACCAUCUUCUGUUUCGGAGAGGACUUCGCCUUCUCUUUGGCUGUGAAAGUUCCGGCCACAUUGGGGGUCGUGCUAGCGGCCAAAUGUUUCGGUGCUCUCGUUUUGGAGCCCACGAACACUUGAGGAGCAGAUACCUGGAGCGCUUCUACGGGAUUCUGUGCUCGAGUUCCUUCUCCGUCGCAGCGGCUAAACCCGAGCCAGCGCGGUGGUGGGAGAAGCAGGAAACCACUAAAUGGGGUCGGUCAUCAUGCCCCUUGCGGGGAGGUUCAUUCAAAAUCUGA